AGUAAUAGAAAUUUAGUCAAAGUGUUCGGUAGUAAUAGAAAUUUAGUCAAAGUGUAACUAACCAAAAGAAACAGAUGGAGCAGUAAAAUGUGCUUCAAUUUUUUUUUUUUUUUUUUUUUUGGUGUUUCACCUGUUCACUGUUUAGGCUAAUUCGUAUUUGGGGAUCAGUUUUGGUUGGUUAGAUUCCACUCCCUUUCCAAAUGUAAUUUAGGUUAUGAAUAUUGAACGAUUGUAAUUUUAAGAAACUAGAUAUUCCUUAUAAAUUUAUCUUAGAAAUACAAAUUUAUCUUUGUGAUAUAUGGCUUGGUCAUAUUUCUUGUGGAACUUUUUCCCCAAGACAUUAAAAUUAAUUUGUGGAUCUUUAAAUAAUGAAAUUCAAUACCAAGAAAAAUGAAAAGUCGCACAUCCAAUUUCCCUCUUGUUCUGGGUUUAGCAAGGGUUUUUCUUUAUUAUAAAACCCCCAAAUUCAGCCAUGGGAGUAGCUUUCUCUUCUCAAAACCCUAGCCCCACUACACCCAAUCCUCCCGCUGCUCCAAACAUGUCCUCUUCUCCCUCAAUUCCGCAAAACCCAGAUCCCAAAUCUUCCGAAAGUGAAAACCCAGAUCCCAAAAUCCUUGAAGAUCAAAUCCCAGAAAUCUCUGAUCAACCCAGCAAUCCAGAUGAAAAGGGGAGAGAAAAUGGCGGAGAAGAAGAAGAGGAAGAAGAAGGGGAGUGUGGGUUUUGCUUGUUCAUGAAAGGGGGAGGUUGUAAGGAUGAGUUUGUAGCUUGGGAGAAGUGUGUAGAAGAUUCUGAGAAGAAUCAGGAAGAUAUUGUUGAGAAAUGCUUUGAAGUUACUGGGAAUUUGAAGAAGUGUAUGAUAGCUCAUUCGGAUUAUUAUGAACCUAUUUUGAGGGCGGAGAAAGCGGCUGAAGAGGAGGUUAAGCAAGAAAUGGACCGUGAGGCGGCGGCGAAAAGCGACGAGCAAGGUUCCGAUGUGAAGGUGGUCGAGGAGAAAGCAGAGAUUGAGGUUCAGAAAGAGAAUUAGUGUUAGAGGUUUUGCUAAUUUUUUGGUAGCCAAAAUUGGGAAUUUUGUUUCUGGUUGACAAUGGAGGAAAGCAAUUUCUGUUAUAGAGGUAAAUUAAAUUAAAAUUUAAGACAAUUGAGUGUUAUACAAUCAUGUGGCAUCAAAAAUUUCUACUUUGUAGAGUUUGAUUUGGUGCUAAAUUAAUAAUUUUGACAGUGAUUAUUCAUGAAAUUACUACAUUUUGAUGAUUGAUGUACAUGGCAGAUUGCUGCCGCUUUUUAUUUGGAUUAGUGGAAAUUCUGUGUUUUAAUGCACUA